CUCCACACUCGACUCAGCUGCGCGACAUAGGUCAACCAUUUGUGCACCAGGCGUGUCCGUAUAGCUUCUCCCACGUCAGAAUCGACCCGGAUUCUAGGAUGCUGCCACAGAGGCGGGGCCGGAGGCUGCAGCGGUGAGUCUGGCCAGGGCUGGACACUCAGGUGGGGCGAUGGCGGCGGCUGGGCACGAGGAAGAGCAGGCUGUUAUAGGGGACUGUCGCAUUUCAAACGUGAUCAACUGGAAGAGACCUUUCAGGACCACGACAUUCUUUGCUGCCACCACUGCUGUGUACUGGUUUGUGGCCCUCAGUUCCUAUAGAGCGUACUGUCUUCUUGCCCUUUCCUUGGCUCUGAUGGUGACAGUGCUGCUUGUUAAAGAUGUGGCUCUCUCCAGAUGUGUCUCUUUCUCUAAAGGGGCCCACUUAUGGCGCAGUAUGACUGGAAGCUGGGAGAUCAUUGAUACGGACCAGGACAGCAGAUCUGGAGCUGGGCUACAGGUCACAGACUCCUGGACGAGCUUCAAGCUCUUUCUGCAGGAGUCCUCCUCCUUCAAGCAGGAGAAUCCAGGCAAGUUUUGCUUGCUGGUCUGCAGUUUGUGCACCUUUUUGGCUGUUUUAGGACGCUACAUUCCAGGUGUUCUCAUCUUAUAUGUUUUAGUGCUGGGCAUCUUCCUGUGGCCACUGAUGUCAGCGCAUGACUUUGGGUUGUGGAUGAAGCCAGUUCUGCAUAAACUGGGCUUCGGACUGGAAAGAUUCCUUCAGAAAAUCAGAGAGAAUCAUGAAAAGAGACUCCUUCAGGCACAAGCUGACCGGGAGAGUAUUGAAGCCGAUCUGUCCUCUCUUUUCCCCAGGUUGGACUCCACAGUUUGUAAGGAGAUGUCUAUAUCGGACACAGAGGCCUCUGAUGUGACGUGGACAGACAACGGAACAUUUAACCUGUCUGAGGGACAUACGCCCCAGACUGAGAACUCAGAUGACCUAGACAGAGAAGAACUAUUCACAGCGGGCCUCCCGGAAUUCCCCUCCUUGGAAAAUGGCACCAAUGGGGAGGACGAUGACGACCUGAGCAUCGGCCUACCCACCCCCCCUCCCCAACCCCAGCCCCAACACAGCAGAGCCAAGGGGGCGUCCGCGCCCCCCCUCCAGUGGGACCCCUCCACUCAGGCCCUGGAGUUCGUCCACAAGAUGGCGGGCGACGUCAUUGCCGCCGCCGCCACCGCCAUCAUUCAGGAGAGGCUGGAGGCCGCCAUCGGCACCACCAUACCCACAGACCCCCACCCCCACCCCAGGUCCCUGCUGUUCCCCAACCCCACGACACUGCUGCCCCUGGACCUGGCCGAGGAGUCGUCAUCGGACAGCGAUGUGGAGGAAUUUGAGCUGCUGGACCAGUCCGAGCUGGAGCAGCUGGAAGGGGAGCUGGGCCUUGGGGCGAGCGCGGCAGUGGCGGCCAAAGAGCCCAAAAAAUCCUUGUCUUCUUCCGGUGGCUUCUUUUCCAAACUCCUGGGCCGCCACUGAUUAGAGCAGGGGGUUCAGGAGGAUGUGGUGCAGGUCUUGUAGGGGUUAGAGGGUAGAGGGCACGUGGAGACUGAGAGAGGGGCCCUGUUUGGGGGGUGGUGGGUGGGGAGGUUAGGGGUGCAGAGACUGUGGGGGUUGGGAGAAACAAUAUGGUGUUGCAUUCUUCUUUUUCCAGUUGUACUAAUAAUGAUUACUCCUGCAUUACAUGAUCGAUAUGUUCGAGAGCGAGAGGAAGGGGGGGGGUCAGCAAGCAUGAUGCUAUAUGGAGAUUGGAGAUGUGGGGUUGUCAGGGGGCUGUGUCAGUGUUGGUGUGGUGAGAUUGUGACUUUUAUUUAACGAUUUUCACAUCAACCUGUAAUAAUUAGAAAAGUAAAGUUAUGGGUAGGAAUGGAAUGGAAUGUGGUGGUGUUUCUGAUUUGCUGCCAAAAAUACUAUAUUUUUGUUUCAAGAUUCAUACACCGGCCGAUUGGGCCCAUUCAACUCCAUCACCCAUUAAUCUACAGUACAGCUUAAUUCGACCAGACCUACGACAACAAUGACAAUCAUCUGUGCUAACAAUGGAACCAAUCGUUCAAACCCAUACUGUUUGUGCGUAUUGGUUGUUACUGAAGCACAAGUUGGGUAACAAACCAUGUAGUUAACUGGAACAUGCAACGAUGGGAUGACAGAUAAUAGUAUACAUUAUAUUUUGUAUAAUUUCUUUCCUUUUUCUAAUUUUGUAUAUUGUUCAUGAAGCCAUUAUAUAGGUGAGGGACUUCACCUUUUACGACAUGCAAUAGGUCUCACAAUAUUAUGCAUGGUAAUCUUUCAACUUUUAACGGAUGUUCAGUAACACUUUUCUUAAAGGGAUAUUCCUCUCAAAUCUAACAUACAACCUUAUAUGUUGAGUGGAACAUCCCUUUAAAGUGUUAUAGCUCUCUACACUUCAAGCAAAGUGUUGCUCCACAUUUUAUUUGUAUUUGCACCUUAUUAUUUAACAAUGCAACUAGGCACUUGGGACAUAAUCACUUAGUAGUGACAGCUUUAAACUCCAUACAAACAGAAUGUAAGAUCUCUUUCAUUGGACAUUGGUCUGUCGAUCGCAAAGAGAAGGGGUAACUAAGAAAAUUCACCCAAAAAUGUUUAGGGGGGGAUAUGCAGAUGCAAGUUGCCAUAGUUACUGUGUAAUUUGUUUGAAGGUAGUGUUCGCCUUCGUGAGUAAAGUUGAAGGGCUACCUGAGCUCAAUACUCAGAGUCAAUAUUCACGUCAUAAGGAAUUCCCCUCGACCACGCCCACAAAUUGGGGAAAA